AUGGACUCCGAGUCGUCCAUCGUCGCCAAACUAGACGCCGUCGUGGCGGAGCUACUGGCCGACUGGAACAUAGCCUCGACUGUGAUUGCUGGUGGUCUUGUUGCCUUCCUCAUCUAUUCAUUCGUCACAUCGCAAGACUCAGAUAUACAUCCCUUUCUCCUCGCCCGGCAAUCGAGCGCAUUCCCCGUCCGGCACCCAGGCCAGUCUGCUCCGUAUAGAAGUCUCGAGACUCCGCAUGGCUUUCCUCUGCGCACGGGACUUAACGUCAAGGACCCCGGGGCUCCCAAAUGGACCAGUGGCCGGAAAGGUGACCUACGGGAUGUCUGGAAGACUGCUGUCCGCGGAUCGGUGGAGGAUAAUGGAGCUGUGAGCGGCAAGCAGGGCAAGAUCUAUACUGUGCUUGGAAAAAAGGCGAUUGAACACUCCUUGGAUCAGGUCACUCAGGAAAUCAACGUCAUCGGAACCCGCCUACGAGAUUCCAAGGUAAAGACUGUGGCGGUCUGUUUGACGGAUUCGGUUGAACUCCUGGCUGCUAUCUUCGCUGGAGCUUUCUAUGACUUCAAAAUUGUUAUCAUUCCCCACAAUCUGAAAGCGGAGAGUUUGUCGGAGCUACUGCAGAAGUCGCAGGCGGAUGCGUUGAUCGCUGAAGCUGGAUCUCUCGACUUGUCAUUCGUUGCCAAGGAUAACAAACAGCUGUCGCAAGUGAUUUGGGUCGCCAAGCUCGGAAGCCGACACAUGGACUGGAAUGAUGUGCCCCAGGACGUGGAGGGGACGUUGGAAGUCACCGUUUGGCACGAGUUGGUGGAAGAGAAGAAAGAGCUGGCCUGGCUUGAAGUACCCGACUAUGAUCCGAGCACCCCGACUCCUUCUGUGACCACUGUUUGGCCGUCCAAGUCCUCUCAAGGCGACUUCAUUGAGUACCAGCCGGAGAACUUGGCCUCAGGAAUCGCCGGCUUGUUGUACUCUCUCCCCCGUCAACAGCGUUUCGGCCCCAACGACGUGGUCCUCUCCAUCGACUCCUUUUCUCGAUCGUACCCCCUGUGCCAGAUCAUGGCUGCGCUGUUUGCUAAUGCUUCUGUCGCCGUCAACUCCGUAGCCGGCGAAAGCGUGGACUUUGCUCUUGCGACUGUAGGGGUAUCUCCGACGGUCAUUGUUGCAUCGUCUCGCACCAUGUCUGAUUACCACACCAAGUUCAUGAAGCCUCACUCCGGACCCGUUUCUUCCCUCGCGCGUUGGAUCCAGGUGCGAAGCUUGGAUGCUGGAUACAUGCCGUCCCACGGCCUGCUGAGUCAGCUUGCCAACGUUGGGCCCAUGGCCGAGCUCUCUCUUGACAGACUGCGUCUUCUGUGCAUCUCACACCGGUUUGACGCCGAUCCCGAGGUUCGCCUGGACUUCGAGCAGAUGACGGACCUGCGUCUCUUCACGGGUGCGCGUAUCGUGUAUGCUCUGACUGGACCCGGAAUCGCCGGUGCCGUGUCGCAGACCAACGUCUUCGACUACAGACGCUUCAAGGGCGCCAGCCACUUCGGUGCCCCUCUCAGCAGCGUCGAGAUUGUCCUGACGGGCUUGUCGGAGGAUUCUGAGAGGGAAGAGGGCCAGAUUUCUGUAGCCGGCCCUUCGGUCGUCUCCGGCAAGACAGUGCUACCCGUGCAAGCUCGCUUGCGCGACGACAACACCUUGGAGCUCUGCGCGUGA